GAUAAAUUGGAAACCGGUUAUGAUAAGGGCAGACAAUACGUCCGAUAUCUCGACCUUCAAGGUUACAUUCAAAAGACCACUCGGUCCAUCAUUACCCGCUAUGACAAUUUCUUCACAGGAAAAUAAAGCUGGAUAG